AUGCGUGAUGGGAGGGUCACGCUAUUUAUUCUGGUUGCUGGCGCAGGGUAUCAAAAUCUGGUCUUGUGUCUCCUUCAACAUGGUGCGAAUGUUGACCAGAUUGGGGUUAAAGGGAUGACUCCGUUGAUGGUAGCAGCUCAGGGUGGCUACCCUGAUGUGGUGGAGCUUCUGCUGCACAAUGAUCAUGGCGUCGACAUCCAAAUCAAAUCUCAUGAUGGUAUCACGCCACUUUUGCACGCAAUUCAAGCGAACCAUUCAGAUAUAAUUGACUUGCUGUUGCAGAGCGGUGAAGAUAUCGAGUGCCUUGGUGUUGGUGGUGUCACCCCACUGAUGCAUGCAGUAUGGAUGGGAAGUGUAAAGGCUUGUGAAAGGCUUAUUGAUCUUGGGGCCGAUGCUAACGCGAAGGACAGUAAUGGUCGCAGGCCACUCUGGUGGGCUCUUGAGAAUCGAAAUGAAAAGAUUGCCAGCAUGCUUUUAGAGAGCGCUGGGGGGAGAAGAUGA